UUUAACAAAAUUUAUAAAAUACUAACUUAAUUGAUAAAUUAUACGACUUAUUUGCACUUACAUAUAUCAAUACAAAAAAAUUUUAAAUAUUUAAAAUGUUUUCUUUUAUAUUAAAUGAAUAACAUUAUUUUAUUAUAUAAGUCAUGUUGCAAUUUAGUUAUCAAAAUGAACAGCAUAAAACAUAAAAUAUGUAUGGUAUCUGAUUUCUUUUAUCCUAAUAUGGGUGGUGUUGAAGAACAUAUUUUUAAUUUAUCUCAAUGUUUAUUAGAACGUGGACAUAAAGUUGUAGUGCUUACUCAUUCCUAUGGUGAUAGAAUUGGAAUACGUUAUAUGACAAAUGGUUUAAAAGUAUAUUAUAUACCAGUAAAAGUAUUUUACAAUCAAUGUGUUCUUCCCACAAUGAUUUGUUCUAUUCCUCUCAUUAGAUAUAUUUAUUUAAGAGAAGAAAUUCAAAUAGUGCAUGGUCAUUCUGCAUUCUCUGCUCUUGCUCAUGAAGGAAUGUUAAUUGGCCGUUUAAUGGGAUUGAAAACUAUUUUUACAGAUCAUUCACUUUUUGGCUUUGCGGAUGCAUCUGCAAUUUUAACAAAUAAAUUUUUAGAAAUAUCAUUAGCUGAUUGCAAUCAUUGUAUAUGUGUAUCACAUACUGGAAAAGAAAAUACAGUAUUAAGAGCAAAAGUUUUAAAAGAGAAGGUUUCUGUUAUUCCAAAUGCAGUUGAUACGACAUUAUUUAUGCCUGAUAUUAAUAAAAGAGAUGAUAAUUUUAUUACAAUAGUCAUUGUAUCGCGAUUAGUAUAUCGCAAAGGUGUCGAUUUAUUAGCUCGCAUUAUACCCGAUCUUUGUAGUCGAUACCAAGAUGUUCAAUUUUUAAUUGCUGGAGAUGGUCCUAAAAGAUGGCUCAUAGAAGAAGUACGAGAAAGAAACUUAUUACAACAUAGAGUUACAUUACUUGGAAGUUUGGAACAUUCUCAAAUUAGACAUGUAUUAAAUAAAGGACAUAUAUUUCUUAAUACAAGUUUGACAGAAGCAUAUUGUAUGGCAAUCGUUGAAGCUGCGUCAUGCGGUUUACAAGUUGUUUCAACAAAAGUUGGUGGUAUACCUGAAGUAUUACCUCCUGAUUUAAUUUAUUUAGUAGAACCUACAGUACCUGCUCUUAUUGAAGGAUUAGAAUCUGCUAUUACAGAUUAUAAAAAAGGCAAUACUAAAUGUCCAAUGGAAAUGCAUAAAAAAAUAAGUUUAUUUUAUAACUGGUUUAAUAUUACUAAAAGAACAGAAGUAGUAUACAAUUUAGUAAAACAAGAAAGUAAUAAAAAUUUAGGUCAACAAUUAGUAAGCUAUAUUCGAAGUGGAGUAUUACCUUAUUUACUUGUUAUAUCCUUAUGCUACAUUAUUUUACAAAUUUUAGAAAUUCUUGUACCUCGGAAGUAUAUUGAUAUUGCAAAAGAAUAUACUGAAACUGAUGUCAUAAAUCAAGAAAAAAUAAAAGAAAAUUAAUAUUUGAUGUACAAUAUACCAGUUUAGUACUUAUGAGUAUUAUAUAUAAAUACAUUCCUAUCAGUAUGAUAGUCAUUAAUUUUAAUUUUAAUGUAUCUUUUUAUAUAAGAGAUACUACAAAUUGUUCAUAAGUAUACUUUUUAAUAAAAUUCUUUUUGAUAACAUA